UGGCGGCACCGGCACCGGCGGGCUGCGGCGCUCCGGGGCCAUGUCGGGUGACGACGGCGGCAUGUCGAGUCGCGACAGCGUGCAGAUCCCCGACGACCGGGACUUCGGGGCGUUCCGGGCGCAGUGCGAGUCGGAGCAGGGCUGGAGCCUCACCUACAGCAAGGGCGGGGUGGGCGUCUGGGUGCAGCUGCUGGAGCCCGAGCGCGCCCUCCACAAGAUCAAGUGCAGGAUGGAGUGCAGGGACGUGCCGGCGGAGACGCUCUACGACGUGCUCCAUGACAUCGAGUACCGCAAGAAGUGGGACACCAACGUCAUCGAGACCUUCGACAUCGGGAGGCUGACGGCCAACUCCGAUGUGGGAUACUACGCCUGGAGGUGUCCCAAGCCCCUGAAGAACCGGGACGUGGUCACACUCCGCUCCUGGCUGCCCAUAGGCUCUGACUACAUCAUCAUGAACUACUCUGUCAAGCAUCCCAAGUAUCCCCCCCGCAAGGACAUGGUGCGGGCUGUCUCCAUCCAGACAGGCUACCUGAUCGAGGGCACGGGAGCCAAGAGCUGCACCAUCACCUACCUGGCACAGGUGGACCCCAAAGGUUCCUUACCGAAGUGGGUGGUGAAUAAAUCCUCCCAGUUCCUGGCCCCCAAGGCGAUGAAGAAGAUGUACAAGGCAUGCCUCAAGUACCCUGAGUGGAAGCAGAAGCAUGACCCUCACUUCAAGCCCUGGCUGUUCCCGGAGCAGAGCCGGCUCCCGGCCCUGGCCCUGUCCGAGCUGUCCCUGCAGCAUGCAGAUUCCCUGGAAAACAUCGACGAGAGCUCCCUGGCCGAGAGCAAGGAGGACCGUGGCGAGGGCAGCGACGAGGACAGCCUGACCUGAUUCCCCUGGGAGCUCCUCUCCUCGUUCCCCUGGCUAGGACAGCCUGACAUGACCCCCACCCUGGGGGCUCCUCUCCCUAUCCCCCCACUUCCAACAUGGUUUGUGUCUCUAUCUCACACACCUGUACACAUGCACCCCCACUUUGGGUUUCAGGGGGACCCCCCUCAUUGGUGUACCCCUGUCUGGGGACAGCAGGGACAUAGUGGGUCCCCCAGGGUGAGAAGUUGGGGGUUGUCUGGUCGCUGAGCCCUUGUGGGACACUGGAGUUGUCCCUAUAGGUGGCAAACCCAAAGUGACCUUCAGCUUUUGGGGGGGGCAGAGGAAAAGGGGGGGCCCUGUGCCUGCUUCUCAGUCUUGGAGACCCUUCCACUGCACUCCCCCUCUGCCCCCCAUUCCUGCUCCCCAUCUCUCUAUUAUGGUCCAACAGAAUUGCCUUCAUCCCAUGGGAUCCCCACCCCCAGCAGACAAGUACCAGGAGGUGCUUGGGCACCUGCCUGCACCUCUGGGUGUGCAGAGGGGUUUGGGGGGCUUCUGGCACCUCCUGGCAUGCUGGGAAGGAGGGCCUUUGGGGUUUUUUGGCAUCUCCAAGCAUGUAGAGGGGAAGCUUCUAGGCUCCUGGCACCUCCAGCAUGUUGGAGGGGAUGUUGGGGUCUUACCUUCAGGCAUGUGGGAGGAGUUGAGGGGCUCAUGGCACCUCCAGAUGUGUUGUGGUGGGCAUUUUGGGGGCUCCUGGGAUCUCCAUUCAUGUUGAGGGAGGGUCUUAUGGAGUCUCAGCAUCUUCAGGUUUGUGUGGGGGAGGUUUUGGGGUAAGUUCACACCUCCAGGUGUGCCCAGUAUCUCUAGGGGCUCCCAGCAUCUUCAGGCACGUUGAAAGGACUUGGGGGGGGCUCCUGGCACCUCCUGGUGUUGUGUGGGUCUCUGAAGGCUCCUGUCCUGUCCCCUGCCUUUCUAGGAUGGGGACCCUUUCCAAGCUGGGUGCCUGGACCCUUCCUCCACUGGAAUUUGAGGCCUUGACUGGGGGUUUGGGAGCUGGUCUUUGGCCAUGCUCCUGCCCCCUCCUUUUCUGGGGGUGCACAGGGACAUGGGAGAUUUUGUACCUUGUACCAGAGUUGAUUAUUUAGGAAUAAAAUAAUUGAAUCUGGCAUGGGAGGGA